GUGCUCCCACGUCCGUCGCGCGCCCACACGUAUGUACAUUACGCGCGCGUAUAUGUGACGUAAGCGUGUUCUCUUAUCCGGUCUCGUGCGUAGACGAAAAAAAUGCGUAAACGCGCGUUACGUGGGCGCCGUGCGCGUUCCUGACGUUCGCGAUUCCCGAAGGUGGUCGCGAUCGACGAGACCGACAAGCGGAUGGACGAUUCGCGUCGCGCGUGACGCGAUUUCGCAACGCGACAAAAUACGAUACCCCAAUUCUCGAGCGAGCAGCCAAUAGUGUGGUAGUGUGAUAAUAUAGUAGUACAGCUCGAUGACUCGUCGCAUCGGCCGAGUUUGUUCGUAGGUCGAGAUAAGCAGCAAGCGCGGGGGGACUGAAUGCGCGCAAGGAUCUCGCGUUUCGCGUUCGGUGGUUAUUGCGCUCCGUGGUUGUGUUCGCGCUCCGUUAAACGCGCGAAACCGUAGCAUCGCCGUCAGACACACGUCAACCGUUCUCUUUAGACCACGUUCGUCCUGUCCUCUAUGUGACAUCAACAAUGCUAAAGAAUCAACCACCGAUCGUUCAGGCGCUCCUCGGGACUCUGUUCACGUGGGCUCUAACAGCAGCCGGCGCCGCGCUCGUCAUCGUCAUUCGGGGGAAACAACGUAAGCUCCUCGAUGUCAGUCUGGGUUUCGCCGCGGGCGUGAUGGUGGCCGCGAGUUACUGGUCGUUGCUUGCACCAGCGAUCGAAAUGGCAACGGACAGCAAGACCUACGGAGAAGAGGGCGAAUACGCGUUUGUGCCGGUUGCAGUUGGGUUCAUCGUCGGCGCGGCAUUCGUUUACGGGACGGACGUGUUGAUAUCCACCCUCGGCAUUCAGUCCCCCAAUGUGCUUUUAGCUAUGCAGUCAGUCGGUACGAAAAAAAGACGCAAGAUCAUUGCGAAACUAAAGAGUGACGAGGACUUAGACAAUGAUUAUGAUUCGUUGCUUAACGACGUACAGAUUUCCAGUGGAAAAAUGUACACUCGCGUCGAAUCGACCACUAUCGACGGCUUCUACGAACAGAAUAGUAGGCGGCGACAAAUAGCGAAUAUAAACAGACCAACGGAAUCGGCGGAAAUCGGAACUGUUUACGAAGAUCCGAAUAACGAAGCGAACAACAACCAGUGGCGGAGAAUAUUGCUGCUAGUUGUUGCAAUCACGGUGCAUAAUAUUCCCGAGGGCCUUGCUGUUGGCGUAGGCUUCGGAGCAGUCGGCAGCAGUCCAUCGGCAACUUUUGAAAAUGCGAGAAAUCUCGCGAUCGGGAUUGGGAUACAGAAUUUUCCGGAAGGAUUGGCGGUGUCCCUGCCGCUCCAGGCCGCCGGGAUCAGCACGCUGAAGAGCUUCUGGUACGGCCAACUCUCGGGGAUGGUCGAGCCCGUCGCCGGCAUACUUGGCGCAGCCGGAGUGACGUAUGCUACACCUGCGCUACCUUAUGCACUUGCCUUCGCGGCCGGCGCGAUGAUCUACGUCGUGAUCGACGACAUCAUCCCGGAAGCGCAUCAAAGCGGAAACGGCAAACUCGCCAGCUGGGCCGCCAUCGUGGGUUUCCUGGUGAUGAUGUCCUUAGACGUUGGCCUAGGUUAAGGUCGUCCUGGACGUAGAGAGUCGCGGCGUAUUCUCACUUUUUGCGACGAGCUUGUCACAAAAAUUGCGACAAAGUUGUAAAAAACAAAAAAAAAACAAAAAAAAAAACAAAAAAAAACAAAAAGAAAAACCGAAUGCUUGCAAGUCGAGGGAAAAAGUUUAUUUCCGUUAUAUUCACGUGACAUUCAGUGAAUGGUGCGUUUUUCGACGAAAUCGAACAAUGAAUCCUGUGCUUUAGUGAUUACGAACAAUUCCGGCGUAUCCUGUUUUUUUUUUUUUUUUUUUUAUUCGCCGAAAUACACGGCGUCUAUCCUCGAAGACUCAGGAAAAUCGAACGGUAGUGAAAAUAUUAUACAUUAUAACGACCGUUUUCGAUUUGUUAAUAGGAUUAAUUAGACGUAUUUUUGUGAUUCCUGACAUUCAUCAAAGAACGAGACACGCGAUGUUUUUGUUUUCGUGCUAAAUUGUGUGUCGCGCAAUUAUUUUAUCCAAGUUUAACGUGAGACACGUUAUUGCAAAAUGAUUUUUAACUAACGUUAAGACACAUGUUUAUAUGUCUUAACAACAAAUUUUUGUCACAAAAUGUAGGAGCGUAAAUUUCGAUCCGUACAUUGAGAGAAAAAUGCGUUUUAAAUUAAGCAAAUAAAUUUUCGCGAAACUCUUAUUUUUCUUCUCUUCUUUUGAAGAAAUUGUCGCAAGAGAUUUUAGUAAAUAUUUUAUAAAAUUAAAAUAUAAAUAAAAACACAUAAAAAUAGUUGAUUAAAAUAAACAGACACUUCGAAUACAAGUAAAUACGUGACCAGUAGCCACCGAAUAACUAACUUUCUUGAUUAACAAUUUUCGAGAGAUAGUUUUUCCCUCAGUGUGAGUUUGGAUCAUCUUCAGCACACAUGUAAAGUCAAAAGGAGUUUUGAUAAGAUGUUGAUUUCUCGAGUUCGUGUUGGUAAAUCCAAACAAAAAAAGUUGCACACGCCUAUCGCGAAAGUUAAGUUGCAUAACUGCUUAAAGUACAAAGUUUCCAUAUUUCUAAAUAUAUAUAUAUUUAGCUUUCGUAGACUGCAUUUAUUUACACUUGAAAAAUGUCUUCCUGCAUCUAGUCAAUGCGAUUUUCGAGAUGUUAAACCGAGUUGACGGUAUGUGUGAACCGCAGGUUUAAAUUAAAGUAGUGUUAGAUUUGACCACAAAGUCCGAAAUUUGAGAUGUCAGGAUUCACCGAUAUACAAUUGCAAAUCGUCGUUGCAAUCACGAGGAAGAAAAACUAAUCAUCUAUAAUAUCAAUGGAUGAUAAAAUCAAUUAAAAAACGACGUGCAGCGUUGAAAAUGGGACCUCAACUAAAUUACGUUGAUCGAACGCGUCGAGAAAACGUUGUUGAUCAACGUCUCGCAUAAAGAUGACUACUUUUUAUUAUUAAAUAUAAAUUGUUUAAAUCGCUAUUUUAUCAUGUUUGUCAAGAAAUUUUGUUUAUUUUCGCAUGCGCGCGCGGAAUGAGUCGCUAUUUCGUUAUCGUAAUUUACCGAGCAAAUUUUCAACUUAAUUAAAGGACGCGGUUUGCCGUCGAAUUAUGCAAAUUCCAAUUUUAAGUCCCCCGUUUUAAAACGGAGCUCCUUCUCUCUCGAAGGAGAGCGUGCGAUGCGAGAAUUUUGUAACUUGCGGAGUGUCUCUCGUGUGUGCGCGUGUGAUAUACGGCGCGCAAUUGCCGACUUCGUUUCUCGUGCCUGGAAGCUAUAAACUUAUACGCAUAUUUAUUGCGUUACAAUGUAUCCUUUCUAAUCACAGAGCACGCAGCACGCGGUGCAAUUUUGUCUUUUUUUUCUUUUUUUUGUUUUUUUAUAGCGGACCCGACGUUUAUCUCGGAACACGGUAACGAGGUUGACCGCGCGUCAGCGUAAAACUAGACGUACGUUUCUCGUGAAAAUAAAUAUAAAAAAAAAAUACUGUCGUUUUACCAACUUAAAGUAAAUCAGAUGACGUUUGAGUCUCGACCUUCGAAAUUGUGUGUUUGUUUGUUUGUUUUUUUUUUUGCGACGAGUUGGACUAUUGGAGUUACAUAUCAAGCUUUGGACUUAACGAGUAAUUAUCUUUCGUUUUUAUCGCGCGUAUUUUGUUCGAAAAAACGAUCGGUAUGAAAUGAAAGGAUCAGUUAUUGAUAUCUAAUUCUCGACGCUGCACACUUGUGUAAGAUACUGUAUCCUAUUAUAGAAAGUAUAUUUUUUGAUACACACAAACACACACACACGUUCACACACGCAUACACACACACACACACACUGUGCCGAUAGAACCAUUAAAGUAUUAGCAAUCGCAUGUGAAUCGACGCUCACGUGCAAUGUUAUAAGACAUUAUGUACGUAAUAAUCCUCGUACUAAUUCUCGCAUUAAAUAAGUUCGUCUGGUCUCGUGAAUGUGUGUCGAGAAGCAUCUCUCGCGUGUCAUGUUUAU